AUGAAUACACCAAUGCCCUUGGUCGGGCGUAGUCUCGCGAUGUUUACGCUGUCGGUCGUAAUGAUGGGUCUGGCUGUUAUCGCGGUUUCUGUAAGAUGUUUUGUUCGUUGGUAUCUUGUCCGGGCAUUUGGAUGGGAUGAUACACUGAUGGUCGGGGCACUGGCCAUUUUCAUAGCUCUAACCGUCUGCUGCAUCAACGGCGCCUCGGAUGGCGUCGGCCACCAAAUGGUAGACUUCGGGACGAACCUCGCCCUUUACGAGGCUGCUCUUCGUUGGUGGUGGCUCAGCCAAAUCCUCUACAUCUGGGCCUCGGCCGUAACCAAAAUCUCCAUCGCCGUCGCGCUCCUCCGCUUAACAGUACGGAAACAACACAGAAUUAUCCUCUACUGUCUGAUCGGACUUACAAUCGCCAAUGCGCUCUAUUUCUUUUUUAUUCUCCUUCUCGACUGUCAUCCCGUUUCUUAUUUCUGGCACCAAGCAAAUCCCAUGGCAAAGGGAUCUUGUUUGUCCACUACGCUUCUACUGGAUAUCGCAUACCUAUAUAGCGCGCUCACCAUUGUGGUCGACUUUUCACUGGGGCUUUUGCCGAUCGUGCUUGUUUGGAAUCUUCAAAUGAAUCGUCGGACAAAGUUUGCGGUUGGCGGUAUUCUAAGUCUAGGUGCCAUUGCGAGUGUUGCAGUGGUUAUUCGACUUCCGUUCCUUCACUACUAUACCGAUCGAGAUUUCCUCUACUCAACUUACCAAAUCGCCAUAUGGUCCAUUCUCGAAACGGGCCUCGGCAUUAUCGCUGGUAGUCUUGUCACCCUCCGCCCGUUAUUCCGCUGGUUCUUGGAUGGAAGUCUUUAUGGCAAACAUAAGCGUUAUGAAAGAAGUACUUCCGUACCAUAUCCAUUGGCCAGUUUGAAGGGCGAUGGGAAUGGGACAGGGACGAAACUUUCCAGUGACCCCCGAUACUGGCGUCCAGAUAUCGAUGACACCAAGGUUGUUACGAGUGUUUCUUCGCCUAGGGACCUGGGUUUUCCUCCUUCCAAUAGUAGUGAAGAGCAUUUGUAUCCGAGUCUCGGGGGAACUCGAAAUCCGUAUCAUGUCAGUGUUCAUGAAACUAUCACGGUUGAGGAGGUGACGCGCACCACUUCUUCAACUAGCUAA